CAGGCAACGAGGGAGGGAGGUCUCGCGCGCAAUGCCGCGCACAAUGCCGCCACACCUGGGCCCGCGCUCUUCCCCCCUCUCCCAACCAACUUACCACCCCUCCUAUAUAACUCUAUAUCACACUCUUUAACUAUCAUUUCUCGCGGCUGGUCUGUGACGAGAGCACUGUUGUGUCGUGUGUCGCGUCGGUGUGUUUUUUUUGUUAGUUUUUUUUAAUACCGCCCACGUGCUUUUGUUUUUCUGCUCGUUGGCUCGUCGCCGUUGUUCGUCAUGAGGCCGGACGGCAGUGGCUACAUGGUGUCCACCAUGGACUACGACGAGCAGCCCAUAUCGAGAACAUAUCAGUACAGAAAGGUGAUGAAGCCCAUGCUGGAGCGCAAGCGACGCGCGCGCAUCAACCGCUGCCUGGACGAGCUGAAGGAGCUGAUGGUGGUGGCGCUGCAGUCGGAGGGCGAGAACGUCAGCAAGCUGGAGAAGGCCGACAUCCUCGAGCUGACCGUCAGGCACCUGCACAAGCUGCGCGCGCACCGCUCCCUGCGGCUCACCCCGGAGGCGGCGUACGCCGACCGCUUCCGCGCGGGCUUCGCGCACUGCGCCGCCGAGGUGUCGCAGUACCUGGCCGCCGCCGACGCCGCCGCCGUGGGCGGCAAGCUGCUGCAGCACCUGGGCGCCUGCGUGCACCGCCUCGACGCCGCCUCCGCUUACACGCCCCCGGCGUCGCCGCUGCUACAGCCCGAGGACGCCGCAGCAGCCACGACGCCCGUCGAGGACGGUCCGCCGCCGCCCCCGCCCGCCUCCCCGGUCUGGAGGCCGUGGUAGGAGCCAUGCCGCCGCGCAUUGGUUCAAACAGCUAUCCAGAACACCGAUGAUGACGAGUCCUGUUUGCUCCCUCCCUCCCUGUUUGCCAUUUGCCUUUCGCAGCUCGGACCCCGCAGUCCUUCCACAAGUGAAAAAUUCCUUUGAACUCGAACCCAGAUCUCUGACCCGCCAGUUAGGAACAUUGACGCAUCAUACCAAAUGUCCCGAUAACGCUGGAGUUACUAACACUUUUUUUUAAGGUUCCCCUACAUAUUUUCUUUUAAUUUAAAGUAUAUUUCAAUGCUUUGUUCAAAAGUGAAAAAAUAAAAACCAUGCAAAUUUUCUGAACUGAGACAGACUAAACGCGGUGUGCAUGGGAACUCUACUAACUGAACCGUCAGUCUUUCAUUGGUUGUGUAUGUUGACUGCGACGCAAAGAAAACUGGUCUCAAAGAUCAUUUUUAAGACAUCCCACUGUGAAUACAUGAAGCUAGUUAUUGUUGAUGAACUAUUUAGUUUUUCAUGUUUGCCAUUUUUUUAAUGUUCAAUUUCGUAAUGUAUACAUACACAUUUUGUAAAUGAGCGCCUGUGAUAUUUAUCGUAAUUAUUAACUGUACCUGAGCUUGUAGUUUGUGUGGGGAGUAAUAUCUACAUAUAGUUUUGUACAGAUAGUUUAGUUGUUACUGUUUUAUUUUAUUUUCUUAUUGUGAUAUAACCUGACUGCUAUGUGUUUAUAAAAAUAAAAGUUUUUUACAAUUUAUAAAUAA